CAAACUUACAAGCUUACAUCUGAUCUAUCACAUCUUUCAACCUGCAGAGCAUCAAACCUUCUCACCAUGUCCAUCCAGCCCACACAAAACUACCCUGAAGAUGCCUACAUGUCCCUGAUGAGAGACCUGAGAGAGCUGGACUUCCGGGGCCCCUGUGUUCCAAGUAACCUGCUUCUGACUGGAGACCAUGCCUUUCCUUUAGCAAUGAACAGCCAAGGCCAGGUCCUGAUGGCAACCUCUCUGUAUGGAAAAGGAAGGAUUGUAGUCCUCGGUCACGAGGGCUACCUGACCACCUUUCCUGCUCUGGUAGAGAAUGCUCUGACCUGGCUGAGAGAAGAUGGAUCAGACAACUUGUCUGUUGGAGUUCAUAAAAACAUGCAGGCAGUUGCUGAUAACCUCAGCAAAUCCAUCUUCCAAACUGAAGUUGUGGAGGCCUUUAGUGACAACCUGAGGGUCGGUGUGUAUGUGACUGAUGCCUACAGUGUUGGUACAGAUGUGAGAGACCUGGUGGCAUUUAUGAAAGCUGGAGGAGGAGUGCUGAUAGCAGGUCAGGCAUGGCACUGGGCUCAUACACACCCUAAGGAAAACAUACUGCUUCAGUUUGUGGGAAACAAAGUUUCUGGUGUAGCAGGGAUCUACUUUUCUGAGCAUCAUGGUGCGGUAGAGUGUCUGCCUGUCUACCCUCAGAUUCCGUCCACCUGGAUGGCUCAAGUAAUCUGUAAGGAUUUUGAGGACGAUUUAGAGUUCUUACUCCAUGGGGUCACAGAAUUUGAUCUCCAGAAUGGGGUAGUAGCUUCUGAGGUUCUGGUACAUGGCCCAUUGGCGUUCCCAAUUGGUACCACAGAGGAUGGACGAGUGUUCUUGGCAGGAGCCUACUAUGGGCAGGGGCGGGUUGUUGUGAUCACACAUGAAGGACUUCUGUCACAAGAGACCCUGGCUCCAUUUUGGAAUAAUGCAAUAAGAUGGUUGGAUGAAGGCAAGAAUGGGAUCAUUGGUGUAGUGCCAGACCUCAACCAAGCUUUUAGCCUUUUCAACAAGUCAGAGUUUAAAUGUAUAAAGACAAACUUAAGGAAAGACCUGAGUGUAUUUGCAUGUACAGCAUACAGCGAUGCUCGUGCACAGGAAAUCCAAAACUUUGUGGCAGAGGGAGGAGGCCUUCUGAUUGGUGGACAUGUGUGGUACUGGGCACAGACGCACUGUGGGCAAAACCCACUGACAGAUUUCUCAGGGAACAAGAUCCUGAACAAAAUGGGCUUGAGUCUGCUGGACAAGACAAUUCAGGAGGGUUUGUACAAAGCCCCUGUGCCAAGCCUGGCUAUCAAAGACAACUACCACUUCCGCCACCUUCUGCACCGCUUUGCUGGUCAUGUAACCCAAGGGGAAGAACUUACAGAGCAUGAGAAGGAAUGCCUUAGAAAACUGGGUGGGGACUGUGCUAACUACUUGCACAUGCAGGCUCACAACUGCUCAUCCUAUACACAGGUGGUGUCUACUCUCACCAACAUCAUAAAGAAGUCAGGCAUGCCACAGGUGUCUGAAAACUGUCCUGUGAAGAGCCCCAAAGAUCAUCUUCUGCUCAGUGUGGGAACAGAGGUAUAUAAGGUUUGGCCAGAUCCUGAUGCUCUCCUCCCCUACCUCAUCAAGGAUAUCCCCUUGCUGCCAAUUGUGUACAACCACAGAAUCAAGUUUAAUGUGAACACUGCAGAGGGUGAAGAGUGGAUCAGUACAGGUCUUUACCUCUCUCCUGGUAUGAAGACUUACAUGGCUAUACCAGCAGAGAUUGUCAACAAGGAAUGGAAGAUCCAGAUUGGCUGUCAGACAGACCGUCUCAGUGCUGCAGAGCUGAAGAGAGCACCCUGUGUUUAUGAGCGAUUUCCUGUUACCUCAGAGAUGAUGCAGGUGUGGAACCUGUGGGGGGGACUCAUCUACCUGGUGUCCCCACCCAAGACCCAAGUAGAGGGUGCAGAGGUCAUAGUGCAGAUGGCUGUACCUGCACCAUAUUAUAAAUCUGGUGUGACAACAGAAGCUGAUUGGUCAUCGCUGCGCACAGCUCCGUCACCCUGGGCAGAGUUGGAGUUUGACAACAUCAUCCUAACCGUACCAUCAGAUGUGGUUCGGGACCUGGAGCGCCCUGAUGAGCUGGCGGCGCUCUGGAAUGACAUGAUGAAGGGCAUUGCUGACCUUGCUGCCAUACCACAUAAAUUUCCCCGUAAAGAACGCUUUGUAACUGAUGUGCAGAUUUCCUACGGUUGGAUGCAUGCAGGGUAUCCUAUCAUGGCGCACAAGCCCACAGCAGCUGAUCUGGUCAACAUAAACCAUAUUCGAAGUGAAGGCCUGUGGGGUCCCAUCCAUGAACUGGGACACAACCAACAGAGAAGCUGCUGGGAGUUCCCAUCCCACACCACAGAGUGUACAUGUAACCUGUGGUCAGUGUAUGUACACGAAGAGGUGCUGGGGAUCAACAGAGCCAAGGCUCAUUCAGCCAUGACUUUAGCAAAUCGAAGUACUCGAGCCAAGGAGUACGCUGAGGGGGGCAGGAAUCUCAGCAGCUGGAAUGUGUGGGUGGCCCUGGAGACAUAUAUGCAGCUCCAGGACAAGUUUGGCUGGGAUGCCUUUAAGAAGGUGUUUGCUGCCUACCACAAGAUGAGCAACUUUCCCAAAGACAACAAAGGAAAGAUGAACCUGUAUGCUGAGACUUUCUCCCAGACUGUGGGGAUGAACCUGGCUGGAUUCUUUAAGGCCUGGGGUUGGCCCAUCGAAUCAGCCACUGAAGAGAAACUCUCCAACCUGCCUCCCUGGAGAGACCACCCCAUGGUCCAGUAUGGUUGAACUUCAGGAACAGCUGCUGAUUAAAAGGGCAGUGAGAUGGAGUUACUGAGUAGCAGCUUCUUGACGUAAACUAUUCAGAAGGGAAUUCUAUUAACUGACUUUCUUUUGGUGGUAGUUGGCUCUUUCCAUUAUACAAGAAAAUAACCGAAUUCAUAAACAAGUCAUAAAUAACAAGGUGAUAUAUGCAUACAUCAUCAGCCUGCCUUGAGGAGAUACUAACUUUUAUAAAUAACACAUCACCUUUUACUAUCGAUAAAUUGAGCUAAAAAUGGUUUGGUACUAUGAUAAUAUUAUUAUUAUAUUGGAUAAAAUUUGGUAAGUAUCAUUUCAUGUGUUUAACUAAUGAGUGCAUUGGUUCAUAAAUGACAGGUAAUAUUAUAUAGAUACAAAUAAUAUAUAAUCUCUUGCAAGGAUGCAGUAUGUAAUGACAAAAUUUUAUAAAUAAAAAUAAAGGGCGCGGUG